CAUAAGAUCCCGGCUAUUCCAAAUGUCAGAACCUCUGGACUUGUUCGGCUGCGCUGGGGUAUAAAAUGGCUGAUAAGGCCUCCUCUCGCAUCUUCAAACAACACCCUCAGUAACAUGUCUGACGACGGAUCAGUCGACACCAGCGCAACUUGUGGCACGACAACCACCAAAGAGGUUGUCUACACUGCCGACGCCAUCCCACCCCUCAGCGUCUUCUCCCAGGCCGUGAAAUCCAAAGGUCACGUCUACGUCUCAGGUUGCAUCGGAUGUGAUUCCGAGUAUCUGGUCGUCGAGGGGGGCAUCCAAGCACAGACCCGCGCAGCCCUCGAGAACAUCUCCAAGAUCCUCGAGGCAUCAGGGUCUGGCAUGCAGCACGUCGUCAAAGUCACCGUAUACCUCGUCCACAUGGCCAGAGAUUUCCUACACAUGAACGAGAUAUACGAACAAUUCUUCGCACAUGAGACGAUGCCCGCGCGUACGUGCAUCGGUGUAUCUGCUCUCCCGAUGGGGGCAUUCAUCGAGAUCGAUUGUAUCGCCGAGAUCCCUGACACCAAGUCAUCUUGAUCGCUUUCGUCAUCGUCGUAUGCAAUCUUACUGCAUCAGUUGUGUACGAUUCCAGCACA